AUGGAGCUUCGUUCUAAAGAUGAAUCUGCUAUUAAGAACGCCCUCGCUGAAUAUAUGCAAAAAAAAGCGGAUAAUCCGAACGUCUUGCUGUCCGAAAUCGCGAAAAUAUGGAAUGUCGAUUACCAACGCCUACGAAGACGCGUUUUCGACAUAGGGCCUCAAUCCGAACGCCGGGGUGCCGGGAGACGAAUGGACGACGCGCAGGAAAAGGUCUUAUUGGAUUUCAUCGAGAAAUGGGAUGACCUAGGCGCUCCGAUGACCCCCCAGAUGAUCGAAGGCGUUGCGAACGAGAUCCUCCAGAUCGGCUUCGACCCCAGCGAUUCAAACAACUCUCAACCACCUACAGUUGGCAAGAACUGGGCCGGGCGCUUUAUGAAGAAGCAUCCGGAGUUCUUCAAGAAGAAGCGGGUGUCGAAGGAACAAAAAAGGGGUGAAAAGGAGAAUGCUGGGAUCAUCCUACACUGGUUUGGCAAGUUCCGCAAUGUUGUCGAAGCCCAUGGGAUUCAGAAUAAAGAUAUCUGGAAUAUGGAUAAGACGGGCUUCAGAAUAGGCCAGGGGAGAACUUUGGAUACUAUAUUCACGCGUUAUCCCGAUCAUGUUCCCUCUAUAGAUUCAAGAUCUCAGCGGAAGCUUGUUACAGCAGUCGAGUGUGUAUCUAUGGCUGGCCAACUCCUUCCUCCGCUCCUAAUCUUGCCUGGGCAGGUGUUCUUAAAGGACUGGAUCUCUCUAACUAAUUUCCCUAAUGACUACAUAAUCAAGAAGAGUAAAACUGGCUAUACAAGCCGUGAGCUUAACUACAAAUAG